AUGUGUAAUUACAUUCCAGGUAGUGGCGCUGGUAGGCGGGAGGUGGAGAGGAGUACAUUGUACUUGGGCGAUGUACUUGGUACAUUGUUGUACGUUGUAGGUUGUGAAGGUGGAAAAGGAAAGGGUGAAAGGGAUGAAGUGAAAGUCGCAAUGAUGCGUCUCUGGUCGCACAAAUGUGUCUGCAGACGCGGAUGCGUGACUGUGGCCGCAAACUUGUGUUUCUGGUCACAAGUUGUGAUUGCAGUUGCACCUUUACACGGGUUGCAGAUUCGUUACUGUAAUGCUCCGCUAGGCUCUACCUUCACCCCUGUCCAGCUCACAAAUCAUGCUGCCGGAAAGGAGAAUCUGGCCCUGCUCGCUGCUCAGCCCUCAGCUCGUCCCUCCAGUCAAAUCAGGUGGUUGCUUCUCUUGAACUCCCUACAAUCUCUAACAGCAGCCCCCGCCCACCAAGCGCAAGAAGUCUCGCAACGCGGAGAUUGUCCCAGCCAGACUACCAAAGGCGAGAGCUCACAUUUGAGGCUUGUAGUGGCCGUAGUAGAGGACAAUGAAUAUUUAUUGGACAAUGAAGAAGACAAGGAUGACAAAGAUGGGCUCCUGGAGGACUACGCAUUGGAGGUUGAGGAGCUAGAGGUCAAGCCUACCAAUGCGAAGAAGGUCAAAAAGGUGUCACAACAACGACAACUCUGGGAAAGAUGCCUUGGGCUCAUUGCAUAA